CCGGAAAUUCACGAUGAGGCUGGCAUCGCAGCAAGUCAGUCGAAAGCAGUGGCUAGUCUCGCCUGACAGUGCAGUACAAGCACGCCAUGGUGCACUAUUUCUCAAUUUGGCCGUGUGUUUGUUGACAAACAUUGCAAAUCCUUGGGACCAGGGGUGGCAGAGCUAUUUCUCAAGUGCUUUCGAUCGGAUGAUAGCCGAAGAGGCAAACAUUCGUCUGGUAGGUUACCUUGCCGAUCAAUCAUAUGGGUAGGAAGAAUAGUUUUCUUUGGAUCUUAUCGUGCCAUAGAUGGGUGUAUAUGCGUGCGUUGCGUUGUUGUGGGUUUCACCGAU